GACACUACGCCGCCUAUACGUCGGCGUCAUACAUUGGCUAUUAUCAUCUUGCUCGUGCGAGGUGCGUGUGUGUGUGCAGCAGAGUUAAAAACUUACGGUAAUGUUUACUCGUUCUACAGGCCGCGGGCACAAGCCAACGCUGCGAUUGCCUGCACUGUGCUGUGCGUGACACGAGGAGAUACGGACGCCCAGGAGUGACCCGCGCAGCUGCGUCGCAUACGGCCGCGCACCUCCUUUCCUUUUAUUGCCGUUUGUUUUUCUCUCCUGUCUGUGUAUACUGUAUUGCGCUAUAUGCCCAAGUGGACACGCAUUGAUACAAUUGAACGACACCUACUAUAGGCCUGUAUACGUGAGAGAGAGAAUCAUGGGCAUACGUGUGCGUGCGUAAUCGUAACGUUCAUUUGAAUCCAUAGCAGCACCAGCGACCGCUGCUACAUUUAUUAAUAAUAAAAUAAUUAAAUAUUGUUCUGUCGCAUACAGUUAAAAGUCAGUUGUGCAGUGGUGAUGCGUGAAUAUUGAAAAAAAUCCGUUAAUUCCGUUAGAAUUAGUUGCCCGAGACGCUCUCGAUGUGUUUGUUCCUGUACGUUUUUACCUGUUAUCGAGUCAAGACUCGACGUGUGCAGAUGUGAUUACGUACAAAAAUUGAUUUUCGAUUCCAUUGCAAAAUUUCUUCUGCCGAGGCUUGGAUGUAAAAAAGAAGAGAAGAAAGUGCAGUAAUCUGUUUUGUAUCUUGGCAUCAUUUUGUGCAGUCUUCGCCAAAUGUGUAUAUAAUCUUGUCUUCUGUUUGAAUCAUUGUUCGUUCAGUUUUAUUCUUUGUGCGCAGUAAAUUGUUGUAACGUGAGAGAUUAUUUUCUCAAAUCAGUGUGUGUGAGUGUGCACGUUUUUCCAAGUGCAAUAAUAAACUCUAGUUCGUGCCUCAAUAGGGUGAGCGUGUAUGCCACGACCAUAACCUCGCAUCUUUUGUUGACAUCUUUUUUAAACGUUUGGCGUUCCGUUGCCGCCAAGCUUCUUUUCAUCGCCAGUGCUCGAUAAAUUUGUCAAACUGGAUCCCAAACAGUUCAGCAAUCGUGGAAUGGAGAUUAAGCGGGUAACCAUGCCCCAAAACUCUAUGCCGAUUCCAAAUACCAGCAAAGAUCCAUCCUUGGAGAUAAGGGCCGUGCAUUCCAAGUCAUCCAAUCAUUCUGUGCCGAAAUCCUCCAGAGAUGCAUUAGAAAUCAGGCCGGUCAAUAUGAUGCAAAAUUCGAAUAUGAACAUGAUGCCGAAUGCAAAUUCUUAUCAAAAUAUGAUGCUGCAGAAUGCCAUGAUGCAUAGCGCAUUCAUGCAAAAUGCUUUUAAUGUUCAAUUACACAAUGCCAUGUUGCAGAAUACUCAUCUGCCACAGACGAGCAGUAAUUCAGCUUUGGAAAUCAGACCGGUAUCUGUGUUACAACAUGCCCCACCAGCAUCAAAUCACAAUAAGAACUCUGGUGUAGAGAUCAAGCGUGUACCAAUAACACAACCCAGUGUUAUUCAAAACCUUAGUUCAGACUUGAAAUACAAUGUAUCAACUCAAAGAAUUACCCCCUCCUGUACAAUCACCAGUAGAGAUAUGAAGGACGACACCAGAAAACCACAAAAUUUGACGAUAAAAAAGAGCAAAAAUAUGGCUUCUACCUCGUCUAAAAGUACGAAUAAAGCCGAAAUUAAAAAAACAUCUGUUUCAGUUAAUCAGUCUCACAAAGAUAUGAAACAUCCUAUGGCACACAGUAUUCCACCUUCUAUUUCGAUGAACAAAGUUAACAAAGAUAUUUCAAUGAACAAAGUUAGCAAAGAUAUUUCAAUGAACAAAAUUAGCAAAGAUAUUUCAAUGAAUAAAGUUAAUAGAGAUAUUUCAAUAAACAAAAUAAACAAAGAUUCUAAAAAGUCUUUACCAAAUUCAUCAUCAAAUUCUGUUCGAGAGUCAAAAGAUGCCAAAAGACUAUCCAUGCAAAAUUUACAAUCUCAAGUCCCAAAUAAGGAAGUUAAAGAAGCAAAGAAAUUAAGUUUGCCUAAUGCACCUCUUCCCAAUUCAAAUGUAGGUAUGAAAGACUUAAAAAAAACUAGUUCUCAAGUUACAUUAACACAAAAUUCUCAAAGAGAACCAAAGGAGGCCAAAGUAGUAGAAUCUCAAAAUGUUUCUGCACAGAAUUCAAACAAAACCAUAAAAGAAGUGAAACGAGUAAAUUUGCAAAGUACAUCACAACAAAAUUCGAGUAAAGAUUCUAAAGAACCUAAGCGAGCUGUUUUACAAACUGUAUCAAAAGCAAAUAGCAAUAAAUCAGAAGCCAAGCGUGCAACUUUGCAAUCUUUACCUAGUAAAAUAAAAGAUAAAGAAAAUACAGAAAAGGAAGUGUCUCAGAAAAUGAGUGAAAAAAAUAUAAAACCAUCACUGCGAUUUGAAUUAAAACUCACACCUUCCACUGAUGAUCAGUGUCCAGAAUUUAACUAUGCUGAAUUAUUGAGUGAAAGAGAAAAGAAAUUACGGAAAGGAAAACGGAAAGAUGAUAAAAUUACUAAUGGAGAUUUAUCAGAUAAAGACGAUAUUCUGGAUGUGGCUAGAUAUUUUGAAGAAAAGUAUGGGCAUAAAAAACGUGAUAAUGUAGAUUUAGGAGCUGGAUAUGAUGAUGAAGAUUCAUUUAUUGAUAACACUGAUGCUUAUGAUGAGCAAGUUCCUGAAGAAUUAACAACUGCACUUGGUGGAUUUUAUGUUAAUAGUGGUCCAUUAGAAUUUAAAAAUUGUGACACAAUUUUAAAUAGGCGAAAAGAUUUGGAUGAGUCAGAUGAUGGUUCUGACGACGAUAGUGAUGCAGCAGAUAGUAGUGAUGAAAGUGAAGGUAGCGAUGAAGAAGAGUCAGAUGAAAAAAGCGAUAAAAGUAUAGAAGUAGAAAAAACCAAUCAAAAAAAGAAAAGAGUUAUAAGUUCUGAUGAAAGUGAUGACAAUGAAAAAACUAAUGGUAAAAUUUCUUCACCGCCAAAAUCGAAACCUCGUAUGGAAAGUGAUAAUUCUGAAUGUAUGGUCAUUGAUUAACUCGUAAGAGAUGUAUUGUAGAUUUGUAAACUGUAAAAAAAACUAUUUUUCAUUACUUCUAGUCAUAAGACGUUGUAAACUAUCAUCUAAUUUUUGUAUAAAUUUUCACGUAUGAUUUUUUUUCUUAAUGAAAUAAACUUGCUGUAAAUAAUGUUAA